ACACGUUCCCGCGUGCGUGCCACACAGUGACGUGGCAACAUGGCCUCGGCAAGGCGACGCCACGUGACCCGGAAGUCCUCACCCCUGCUCUAGUUUGGAUGCAACGCUGUUAGCAUCAGAAAAUUUGAUUAGCAUGUUUGUUCGGUUAGCCACGGCGAAGGUUUUUUUCUCUUAUACCUACACGGAUAUUACUGAGGAAAUGAAGCGCUGUGUCGCCUGUUUGGGUGCCUCUUAUCUCCGUGGUUGUGCAACGUCACUGACUGUACAAUAACACAGCCGAAGCCAGCUAGUUAGCUUAGUUUAGCCUGUUUAACCAGCGGGGACAAGUUCCUGGGACGCCUCAAUUGAUGAAAGUAGAAGGCGACGACUUGGCACCUGUAGAGCUGACGUCUGCUUAACUUGCCCUGGAUUUUUGUCCGUCUGUCUUGACGGCACAAAAGAAAAUUAACAUUAGCUUUUAGCACGAAUAAAACUACAGCCAUGGAGGACUUCAGCUCCAUCAGCCUGCUGUCCCUCGCCAUGCUGGUGGGCUGCUAUGUGGCCGGAACCAUUCCUUUGGCAGUCAACUUCUCCGAGGAGAAGCUGAAGCUUGUGACAGUUUUGGGAGCAGGACUUCUGUGCGGGACUGCCCUCGCCGUCAUCAUUCCUGAAGGUGUCCACGCGCUUUAUGAGGAAAUCCUGGAAGCAGGCGGGCAUCACAGUCCCAGCCAGAUGGGGGUGUUGGAGGUGUCCCAGCCAAAGGCGGAGGAGGUGGAGGCGGCGCUGGGCGUGGGCGGCCACCACCACCAGGAGCACGGCCAUGAGCAGCUACAUGCCUGCAUUGGCGUGUCUCUGGUGCUGGGCUUUGUCUUCAUGCUGCUGGUGGACCAGAUAGGCUCCUCCCACAUGCACAGCACUGAAGAUCCAGAGGCAGCGAGAGUGGCCUCCUCCAAGAUUACCACCACUCUGGGUCUUGUCGUGCACGCCGCAGCUGAUGGCGUGGCGCUUGGAGCCGCCGCCUCCACCUCUCAAACCAGCGUUCAGCUCAUCGUUUUUGUCGCCAUCAUGCUACACAAGGCCCCCGCUGCGUUUGGCUUGGUGUCCUUCCUGAUGCACGCCGGGCUGGAGAGGAACCGCAUCCGCAAGCACCUGCUGGUGUUCGCCCUGGCCGCGCCCCUCUUAGCCAUGCUCACGUUUGUGGGCCUCAGCCAGAGCAGCAAAGAGGCGCUCUCCGACAUCAAUGCCACCGGCGUGGCCAUGCUCUUCUCGGCCGGCACCUUCCUGUACGUGGCCACCGUCCAUGUCCUCCCCGAGGUGGGCGGCGCGGGACACAGCCACGCAGCGGCGGGCGGGAACACAAACAAGGGACUGAGCAAGGUGGAAGUGGGAGCUCUGGUGCUGGGCUGCCUCAUCCCCCUGCUGCUGUCGGUGGGACACCAUCAUUAGACGCGGACAGGAAGCGCGAGCAAAGACCCCUGAGGGAGCCAGAAAAGGAUGUCAUCCUGUCAUUAAAAAAAAAAAAAAAAUGUACAGUUGUAAAUCUCUUAGCAACAUUUAAAGUGACUUGAAGUGCCAUAUUAGAUCGCCGACAGUCACUCGUAAAGGUGAGGACACCGCUGUCAUUGGUCGGAAUCGCUUAGACUUGAUAGAUACACUUCCUCUUUUUUUUUGGAAGUCCACACAAACUUGUAUGUUUUUUUUAAUGAUUAUUUUUUAACGGUUAUCAUUGAGGACCAUUGUUUUUUGAUGUCACUUUCUUGCAGGGGAGGGCGAGGAGCCUGUCGUGUGACAUGACUUCCUGGACCUGUGCACAUGCAAGUGUACUUUUUAUUUGAUUUCAGGGGGGGGCUUUCAACCUUUUGUUUUCAUGUUUUGACACACCUGGUUUCUUUGUUUACAUGGACCCGGCCUCGCCCUCCUCCAGUUAAAAGGAACUUUGGUGUAUUGAGUAAGGAAAGGUCACUUCCAGUUGCCAGUGGAUGACCAUUAAAUGUGAUGCUUACUUGAUUUCAUUUGAUUUUAAACCUGCUGAAUACAUAGGUUCCAUUCUGGUUGAUGAACUUUACAGUGAAACUUUAAUGUGGAAGCGGUUGGGGCGGGUUUUGUGUGUAUUUAAUUCCGAGGUGAGUUUUGCCUUAUUUCCACACGUCUGAUUGUGCAGAGUGGCUGGGAAAGCCGCACCUUGUAAGACAAAAUUAAAUGUCUUUUUUUUAAAAAACAAACUGCUGUCAAAAGGUGUCUGAAGUCAGAGGUCAGUGGUGUAUGUCAGAAACGGAUCCGGGUGUGACAUCCCUUCAUUUGUCACGUGGUGGGAAAAGCUGCUUUAGUUUGUGUAAUGAGGAGCGUUUGGACAAAUCCAGCAAGGAUUUCUUUCAGCUGGGCUCUGUGACGUCUCCUCUCACCGAGGACAGCUGCCGCUCUGGUGUUCUUGCGCUCGCAACUAAACGUGUCGCUGUUGCUUUAAGUCACGUGACGUUUUCCCCUGGCAACGCAUGAUGCAAGCAAGCG